UUUAAUACAACUUAUACACUCAUGUAUGUAAAUCCUUCCGAGUUUGGAUUUUAUUUUAAUUAGCGGUGUUAUUGUUGCAAGGUACGGUUUUAUUGUGAAAAUUUCACUCUUAGACAUUUUGUAUAUAUAACAGAGGUGGAGUGCAGAUUUCAGUGCGUCCAAGUUUUUGUGGUUUUCUGUAAAAGGACAGAUAUAUUUCUAGUUUGUCGAGGCGUGAUUUGUGCCGGUUCGUUGGUUGGUUGGUUCAUCCCGGCAUCCGCACCUGCAAAAUCUAAUACGUACAACGCACGUCGUGGUAAAUCAUUAAAUAUUAUUUAUAUAUACAGUUGUGUGAGAAUUUUUGGCAGCGACACUGAUUUGUGUCGUCCGGCGAAGUGUCCUGAGGUAUAAAAUAACAUACCGAUGUUACACGCGAGUCACGAAUCUCGAUAUUUUAAACAAUUGUACACGCAUAUACCGGAUUUUUCAUCUAAAUCCUAGAAUUUACCGCGUGUGAAGGAAAAAUUUGAUACUCAUCGACAUUGUCGCUGGAUUAUUUAAAUAUUCAUCUAUCCGCGCAGACCUUCAAGCUUGAACACGUGAUUGCUUCGAGAGGUUGGCCACGCAUCGCCACCUCCGCCAGCACCGAAUAACGCCAACCAACGAGAAAGCUUGCCGGCUCCGUCCCGUGGACCGAGAACUCUUCUUCUUCGACGUGGUGAAAAUGGCUUCGGAUUCACUCUGCGACACUUCAUCGUCUACCCGCCCGAGUCCUGCUACCAGAUGUUACCGGGACACGAGCGGGCCAGGAUUGACGAGCCGAUGGACACGAUCUUCGUGAAACAGGUACGCGCCAAUUCUCCGGCAUCGGAAGCCGGGCUUCGGACAGGGGAUCGAGUCGCGUCCGUCGACGGGGUGCCGACGAGGGGCGAGCAGUACGCUCGCGUGGUCCAGAGGAUACAGCAGGCGGGUCCUUGGCUACGUCUAAUCGUCGUUUCCAAGGACGACGACAUUUUGCAACGGUAUUUUGGUGAAACGGCACACAAUCCCGAAACGAAUCAACGACCUCGACUUCGCUCGCCGGACAGAACGUCGCAGAAGCAAAGGAGAUCGACGAGCAUGAUACCAGGUCCGACACCCAGGAGCCGACAAUCCUGGGUCUGUUCUCCACCGGGUUCCGAAAACCAAGGUACAACCCUUCAUCCGUACAAACAACAGAGAGAAGAAGUCUACAAGGAUACUAAAAUGCUAGCACCGACCCAGCGGAGGCCUCUGGAGGCUCACAAUCAGGAGACGCUCUACGACCAUCCGGAGCGACCGCAGAGACGGCAGAAAGAACAGCAAAAUCAAAUUCCCCAGCCGUUCAGGCAGCCGCCGGAUUCGAGAUUUGACUUGUACGACAGAACGAGGCCCGAGUCGAUAUACUCGAGGCCGUCGAACACCGAGCAAAUCUACGACAGGAUAAAGGACCCGAUUUACGAGAGGGUCCGACCCUCGGACGUGAUCAGCAAAUCGCUCGAUCAGUAUCCAAUGUCCAGGGCUGAACCUCAGGUGCCGAUUUACAGACCUGGAAGAAGGGUCGUCAGUCGGAGAGCCAGCGAAGGCAGCGGAAUGGCCAGCGAAGUCGAGUCUCAGGCCUACGGUAGCAUGGACGCCCUCAAGUCCAGCACUCCUGGUUCCCGGCUGAGCAUGGAGUCCAGGAGGGAUUCGAGCCCUGCCAGCAAGGAGAGUCUCUCCUCGUACGACUCGAAUUCAACCCUGACCGGCAACGAGUACUCCGACGAUUCUGUUAUCAUGAACAGAUUGAGGCGGAGCUUUGAACAGAAAGAGGAGUUUCUCAGGCGACCGAGUCAGCCGAUCGGAUGGCUCACACCCGAGGAGGAGUCGAAGCGUAUUCAAAGGGAGUUUUACGCAAGGCCGCAAAAACUUCAACGACAAGUAUGGCCUCCCAACGAACAGCAGGCCAGUAGACGGCAACAUUCUCCGACGAGAAACUCCGUUGAGAGAAAUACCAGGGCUCCCAAACCUACGAAUCAAAGUUUGCAGAGAGUUAGAGGUGAUUUGGACAGCGAAACUGAGUAUUCUAAUCAGCUUGACGGAGAGAACGACGACGACGUCGACGACAACGACGAUGACGACGAAGAUGACGGAGAUCAGCCUGGCAUAGAGGAGAUUCAGGCGAAACGUGACCAGUUUUAUUCCUCUCUUUACGACAGCAACGGUCAGUUCGUUAAAGAAAAUCAUUUCAAGUACGGACCGCCUGUCGCAGGAAACAAUGGCAAUAAGAUUAACAACGACGCGCAGUUCAGAUCUUCGAAUACGAGGAGCGGCAACAAGGCUGCCUUUGUAACGACGCUGUCGAGGAUACACGAGAAUGUCACGUCGAACCAGCAGGGUGGUGGUCAGGAUUUGAGGAACGGAACUUCGUCUCUUCCCUCCUCGCCCGGACCGGAAAAGAAAAAUAACGAUAAAUUUUCCGUACCGCCUCAAGGAUUACAGAUUGUGUCUCGCAGGGCUAAGCAGUUUGAGUCGGGACGACUGCUCAGCGACGAUGACGAGCCGACUAGUGAUAGAACUAAUUUGUACAAAAGUGAAUUAUCUAGGUUAUCAAGUAAACGAAGUGUUCCUAAUGUGGCUGUUAGAAAAAGAGAAUUUGAAUCCAAAGCUGAGGCCAGAGAACCAAGGAGAAUACCAGCUCAUCGAGAGAGCAAAUCACUCGAGUCCGGGAGAGAAUUGUCGGGGAAUAGAGUUAUUCCUGUAGGCAGCAAGUACAUCCAUUGCGAACCGCCGGCUGGAUAUAGGGAAAUAAGAGAAAUGCCCGCGAUGGAAACUGAAUCCAUGCAUCUAAGGGCACGAAGUAACAGCGCGGAGUCUUGGGAGGCAGCGAAUAGCACGUCGCGACGAAAUGCAAGGCACACUUGGCAGACGGAAGUCGAAGAGGAAGAUGCGAAAAGAAACAAGGCUAAGCGUCAAGACAGUUACUUACAGGCGGUUAAAGCCCAGCUUGAGCGAGCACCCCAGCAAAGUCUGAUGCGACGUCAAGACGCGAUCCGCGAGGGUAACGCCGACGUCGACGGUCAACAAGUGUCUAAAACCGAGGAUCCAAACGACCCGCUAUUCCCCACGCCAAUAUUAGACCUGAAUCAGAAUUCCGAGACAAAUAAGACAACCCCGAAUAUAAUCGUUAGCUCGCCUCAGCCAGUCAGGCCCAAUCAACUUUCCAUCUCGAAUCCUCUGAGACCCUCGGAAAGCCCAGAGAACGGCUCUGGCUUCCUUACACCUGCUGAUACUGACGUGGAGACCCCAGAAGGCAUUUCUCAGAUCCUAGUUCCUGCACCAGUCCCAUCGCCGACGAACGGCGUGGUUAUCAGGCGACAGAAGUGCUCUAAGGCCCAGCAGAACAAUGACGAGGAUCGAGCGACCAGGAGAGUUUCCUACCUGAAAGCUACGUGGAGUGAACGCAUGCACGUCGACAGUGAUCUUGAGCUCUCAGACUCCGAGCCAGUUCUCGCUUUAAGAAGCGCCCACAGGCGAUGGCGUCCGCCCCUCUUUCCCGGGGACAUAACACCCCUACGACGCAUCUUCGAGGAUGUAACACAGGCGGCGUCGCUCCAUCGUCACUCGCAUCGCAACAGCAUCGCUGGGGGUCACAGCAACUCGAGUGGCACCGUGAGUCUGAAAGACGCUGAACCCGUCGAGAGAGAAGGACCUCUUCACGUUAAAUACACCGUCCUCGAAGGAAAGCGAUCCACAGACCGUUCAUGGAAGCAAGUCUGGGGAGUACUGCGAGGUCCGAUUCUUUACUUUUACAAGGAUCGUCACAGUCAGAGUCCGUCGUCGACGGGCGAUGGCGAUGCCGGACAAAACGUCGACGUACGAUGUUCUCUGGUCGACGUUGCCGAGGAUUAUACAAAGAGAAAACACGUCCUCAGGGUCGCCAAUCCAGCCGCCGAAGUUUUGCUUCAAUCCGAGGAUGCCGCCUCCAUGGCUCUCUGGCUUCGCGCCCUCCACAAACACGCGGCGACCGAGAAAUCAUCCGACACUGCCACAAGUACGUCCAAACAGCAAGCGGUUCCUCAAACUCCGGGACCAACGACACCAAGCGCGACGGCUCAAGGCAGUCAGCGGUCGAGUCCAUUGCCAAGUCACAAGGGAAUCAGGAAAUUCACGUCGUUCAGGAAUCGAUCUCCGACCGGGCAAUCUCCUGUUAACAAAACGAGGAAGCCCAGUCAAACUAUGGAAAACUUACCGUCGCCAAAAAGUAAAACUUGGAAGGGCAGGGUCGCCAAACAACUUAGGCGAAUGCAUGGCCAGGCUGAAUCUCCGUCUUCUCCGACCUCUCAGCUGCCCCCCGAAGGUGCCACAUUCAAGAUUCCGCUGGAGCUGUGCCGACCAUCCACAUUCUCCGAGUAUGUACCGCUGAUUGUGGAAAUGUGUACCAGAAUAGUUGAAGAGCGAGGACUUGAGGUUAUUGGAAUAUACAGAGUACCAGGCAACACAGCUGCUAUAUCCCAACUGACUGAAAGUGUGAACAAGGGAUUUCAGAAUAUCAAUUUACAGGAUCCAAGGUGGAGCGACGUCAACGUGAUAUCAUCGCUGCUGAAAUCGUUUUUCCGUCAGCUUCCGGAUUCUCUAUUAACCGCCGAUCUUUAUCCAAUGUUUAUAGACGCGGAUAAGAUAGAGGAUCCUCAAAGGAGGAUGGCGACGAUAAGAAAAUUAUUGCGUGAUUUGCCAGAACACCAUUUUGAGACAUUGAAGUAUUUACUGUUUCAUUUAAAGAAGAUCGUUGAGCACAGUGAAGUGAAUAAAAUGGAGGCUAAAAACUUGGCUAUUGUAUUCGGACCGACUUUAGUUAGGGCCAGCGGUUCCAGGGACAACAUGGUCACCAUGGUUACCGACAUGUCCCACCAAUGCCGAAUUGUUGAGAGCUUGUUGAAUAACGUCGAUUGGUUCUUUUCUGAAGAGGAUUUGGACGAUCUGAGCAGAUUGAGCGUCAAUCUGAGCCUUCCAGCAGAUGGAAGUGAAGUUGAACCGACAUCCAUCAUAAAUCACAAUCUCCUCCUGAACAAUAUCCAUAAAGUUGAAGGCAUGCGCGAAAUGGUCUCAGCUAGGGAUAUUGUAUCCUCAAUCAUAUCCGCAGCUAACAGGAAAAUUCAGAGGAGACGAAAGGGACAGGAUGAACCAGACAACGAAGAACAUGACGACGAUAAGUCAAGAACGCAACAACAAGUUGAAAACUCCGCCGCAUCAAGACAAAGCAUGGCAAUGGCCGAACGUCAAUGUACAGUGAGCGAAAUGGUGUCGAUGCACGAGAAUAAGAGUCAAUCGAAUCAGUCGGCAAGUUCUAGUGACAGUAACACUAAUUUUUCGGGAAAUAGUAGCGCGACAAAUUCUACCUUGACUCAACCUAAGUACUCGACGAGCCAGCAAAUCGGUACUACGACAUCGUCCGAAUCUCCCAGAAUCUCAGACGACGUUAGUCAGAGUACUUUCGAUACGAUAUCAAAUAUAUCUAAUUUUUCGAACGAUACGAAGCAAAGUAACGACGAAGUUGCCAUAAGAACGUACGCCGGAUUGAGCGCUACUACGCAAGAAAGAAUAAGGAAAUUUGAACAGGAGACUAAGGCGAUGCUGCAAAGGGACCAACCUCGGCAGAGACGCGAGGCGGAAAAACGUGAGGAGGAAAGAAAAAGAAUUGAAAUGGAAUGGCAGUUGGCAAAACAAGAAAUGGAGAAUGACGACCUUUUGGACAAUAUUGUCGUUGGAGCCGUGACGCCCACUUUUUUUACCGAAAGAUUAUCCAGCUCCAAUACCAGACUUUCUGGUAGAUCGAUAGAUGUCAACGAUAGCUGUAACCAGUCGAGAACUACAGCUACGGCGCGAAUACUGCCGAUAUCAGUUGCCGUGCAACAGCAACCAACGUCACAACAAAAAGCUCAGGCAAGCAGCCAGCUUUCUAGCAUAUUAGGGGAGAAGAUGAAUAACGGGGUCGUUAAAAAAUUCAAGACUGACAAGGAGCCAUCAAUGGAUUCUUUGUACCUUCCGCCGGCACGUUACGGCAGCCUCGACUCCCUGCACGAAGUUCACUCGCAUACAUCACUUUCGCCAUCGCAUCAGCAUCGCGGUUUACCCGGAGACGUUUCUGACGAUGGUAGCGAUCUUUUGACUAGCCUCACGUCGACCUUUGACAGAAAAUGGAAAUCACUUGUGAAUCCACCGAGUCAGUUGACGCCGUCCGAUCCACCCCCAAACAAACGAGAUAGCAGCUGCAAUAAUUGUUCUACGAAUCAUCAACCUGCGGAGGUCUAUCGAGAUCCCAGCCUCCACAAAACCUCUACAGGAGACAAGAUACGUCCCCCACACACCAAAAAUGAUAUUCCAGAAAAAGACACGGACUCCAGUGUUAUUUCUGACCCGACUACGCCCGAUAACGACCGAACCAUUCGUAAUAAAUUACCGGAAACAAAUAUAACUGUAAAUUUAUUACCGGAAAAUAAUACGGUGAUAGAUGCUGCAGAAAAAGAUGAAAAUCCAAAGAAAAGCAACUCAAAGACUGAUGUAUCCGAUCUGCCUUACAGUUCAAAAGUAAAACGUUUUGAAUCCAUAAGUAAAGUUGAAAAACCUAAAAUUCAAAGCGGGAACGCCGGUUUGGCGUGCAGCAGCGAUACCAAAUUAGAUGAAGCAAAAUGUCCGGAUACAGACGAUGUUGAUACUUCGUAUUCAAACAAGUUACAGAAGUUUGAAAGCCUCAGUAAAAGCAACUCGGACACGAGAUCGAGAUUAAAGAGGUCAGAAUCCUUGAAUAAGAAAUCGGACAACGUUACGUCGAAGUUGAAGCGAUCGGAGAGCCUGAACAAACAUUCGGAUCGAUUAGCUUCUCCUACCAAUAGCAAAUUAAAACGUUCGGAAAGCUUGAACAAACACUCUGACAGAUCCGAAUCGCCGAAUAGUAAAUUGAAGCGUUCGGAAUCUCUAACUAAAACUGAGAAAACGGAAUGUAAUAUAAGCAAGCGCAGACAGUCGGUGAGAAAAGAAGGUGCUACGAAGUUGAAGAGAAAAAACGGAAUGCCUGAACGAUCCAUAAAGAGGAGACACACGGUUGGCGGAACCAAGGAUUUCGACAAAGUUCAUUGGCUAGACAAUAAGCUGCAAACGGAGGCUGAAAAGGUCAUAAAAAACGACAGCAAGCCAACGAAGAGUCAACUUCGGACCAGCUCACCGGAUUUGAGCAGUAAUCGCGUCAACGUUGCCGAUACCAGCUUUUUAAUCGAAGUCAGCUUCCGAGGACCCAGCAAUGUUGUUUUCAAUGUUACUAAUGCACGCCCGCAAUCGCUACCGGACGCUAAUCUUGCUUCGAAAGUAUUUAAGGUUCCUCUUGAGAGCCAUGUUUAAUAAAUAAGUGACGACAGAUAUGUUUGCUUAUAAAACUGCAAAGGUAUGUGAGGCGGACAAAUAUUCUUUAUUACUUCAAAAUUCAAGAAACCAUUCGAAGAUUCUUUCUAUGAAUUUUUUGCAAAUCAGGAAAACAUUUAUCUAUUCGUACACUUUGUGUAUUCCUAAAGAGCCGUGUCAAUUUAUACAUUACAACCGAUUUAAUAACGGUCGAAUACCCGAUUAACUUCAUAUCAUAUAAAUAUAUAUCAGUCAUUCAUCUAUUUUACU